GAGGAAGCUCUUCUGAGGCUGCUGCCAGUGGUCAAAGCCUCCAACAAAGCUCUGCUAAGCAGCUGUAACCUGUCAGAGAAAGGCUGUAAAGAUUUGUUGUCAGUGGUCAGCUCCCAGUACUGUAGUCUGAGAGAGCUGGACCUGAGUACCAACAGCCUGAAUGAUUCAGCAGUAAAGCUUCUGUGUGCUGCAGUGGAGAGUCCACACGCCAAACUGAAUAUUCUGAGACUCAACAUCUGUGAACUUUUAGCGGAAAACUGUGAAACUGUGUCCUCAAUGCUCAGCUCUCAGUCCUUUACUCUGACAGAGCUGGACCUGAGUAUCAAAAAUGUGCAGGAUUCAGGGGUGAAGCUUCUGUCUGCUGGACUACAAAGUUUAAACUGUAAACUUAAUACUCUGAGACUGAGUGGCUGUAACCUGUCAGAGAGAAGCUGUGAAGCCCUGUGCUCAGUCCUCAGCUCCCAGUCCUCUAGUCUGAGAGUGCUGGACCUGAGUAACUCUGACCUGCAGGAUUCAGGAGUGAAGCUUCUGUCUGCUGGACUAAAGAGUUCACAGUGUGCAGUGGAAACUCUCAGUCUGUCAGGCUGUCUGAUCACAGAGGAAGGCUGGCUUACUUCUCUGGCCUCAGCUCUGAGCUCCAACCCCUCCCAUCUAAGAGGCUGGACCUGAGCUACAAUCAUCAGGUGACUCAGGAAUGAAACUGCUGUCGGCUGGACUGGAAGGAUCAGGCUGGAGCUGGACACUCUCAGGUAUGAAGAAAAUGUCUGAUGGGAGGAA